AUAAUCGUCUAUGUCAAAGUCUAAUAAGUAAACAAUGACCUCGCGACUCCAUGACAUAUGAAGAAUACACAACAACACAGGUAUAACCCAGCGACUGCGCUCACGUUUUGUUUUUCACCUGUUCGCGAGUCACAGCAUUCGUUGAUCCGUAUACCGCGGAGGUGGUCACCUAAUUCUCGCGCCUACUAUCUGGAUCUAUCUGCUUCUGCCUCUUUUUUAUUCAACUGAUAAUCAUCUUUAUCAAUACCGACGUAGUGAAGUUAGGCGUGAGUGUUUGUAUGUGCUUAUGUGGUUAAACAAGCACGUGCCUUUUUACUAUUUAUGUUUUGCGGUUCUGUGAUUUAACCCGGGAAACUUUCAAUUUUGGUGAAUAUUAUCUACUAACUUUUCACAGACAGAAUUUUGAUUGUGUUGUGCUGCAAGAAAUAAAAAAAAAACAAUUGGUGCUGUAAUGAUUUAUUAUGAAUAUCACUGUUGUUUGCGUUAGUUAUUUCAGUUAUAAAUUAGGUAUAUUUGAAUUUUGUGGAAAUAUGUGCUCCAAUAAAUGUACAUCAUUCUUCGCGACCAACGGCGAAAAAGCAAUGUCGACCGAAACGGAGGGGACGAAUGGUGAAUCGCUUCAAAGCCUUCUCAACGAUACUGAUUCUGAAUUGUCCGAUUUAUCACACUUAGAUGCCCCAAGCGAGAGUUUAUACAUGAUCGGGGGAGUAUGUGUUGCUAUGUUUAUGGUUGGACUCAUCAUCGUCCUAUUGGCAGUUACCAUAAGCAAACUCAGGAAGAGGGAGGAACACAACAAUAGUGUUCAUCCAACAGAUGUUGUUCUGCAAACUACACCGAAUGCAACCCAACUAAAUCAUCAGAAUUCUUUACCUCAUGUUCUUCAAUCAGACUUAACGUACCGAGGACAAUUCUUAUGGACGCAACCACCUCCUCCAGCCACUCAAUACCUGUACAACCACAACCAGGAAACGCUUGUACAAAAUUCGGUGGAUCGUCCAGGUUUUGUUCGAGGCUUCAGGAAGAAUCUUGGAGGAAAAUGGAGACGUCUCGUAAAAAGGAAGCCCCCUCAAGAAGUAUAUACCAUUCCAGCUGAGUUAAAACCUCAACUCAAACAAAUAUAUGUUUACUAGCCUUAAUACAUCCCGAUUGGCUGUCGAAUAGUCAAUUGGAUUCAGGCCCGGCUGAUGCGGAUGCCUUCCUUAAUGAGACUGAUUUUGAGAAACUAUUAUUACUCCUCACGUUAAAGUAGAUAGUAAUUUUAGUUGUCCUAUGUAAAUAUUUGACUAAAGGUUGUAAUAUUUACGCCAUAAAGAAUAGUAAGAUGUUUUAUUGAGUAGAACAACCUCCUUAUUAUACGGAGGAUUAUGUUAAUACUUUUAUUUAGUUUAACUCCGAAAAAAACGCUUUUUGUAGUAAAUACUUUCAUAGAUGUAAGUUGUAAAAGAGUUGGCCAAAAAAACACUACAUUUAUUUAUUUCAAACGAGUUUUGAACUAAAUAUGGUUCAAAAGUUAACGUCUAGUAAAUGGAUAGAAGUUUUACACAGCCAAAAAAUUUCGCUCAUAUUGAGCAGACAUUCUUGAAUGUUGUGAUGUCCGUAGAGUUUAAACAUUCUCGAAUAUCGAUAAUAUGCAUAAUUUGCGCUAUCAAACAAGUAAUCAAAUAAAUUACAUAGCUUUUUGAGAUUGUCCAAGUCUUUCUCAAUACUAGUCAAUUUGAUAAUUAUUACAACAGCUUGUAUCCACAAUGCAAAUAUUAAAUCAAUUUUUAAAUUAUUAUAUCACUCAGUAUUAUGGUUUCUAAGUUAUUGUUUGAAAAAAUGCAUAUCAAAAGCCAUCAUUGAGCAACGAUGUUACUGCUACCAUAAAUAAUAUUAUACAAAAUAUUGUGAUAAAAAUGUCUGGUUAAACAUUUACUUCUUGUAAACAAAUCAACUUUAAGCACAAAAAUCAAGAUAGCAAACUCAAUAAGUUACCUUUUGUAUCAAGCCAUUUUGUUUUUCAAUAAAUAAUUAAAUUGUAUAGCAAUAAUAGAGAUGAUGUAAAUAAACCGUGCAAUAAAUUGUUAAUUUUUGAAAUGAU